AUGUCCACAAGCGUUUCGUCCCCUGCCGCCGUCGUGCCACCGGAGACAGAACCUACGUCUGUACCGGUGGAAGUGGCAGCGGUCCUUCCUGGUGAACACUGGGAUGAAGCCCCGGAUGACUACGAUGACGACUUGGCGGUCAAUGAUGUUCAAUCUUCGACCGCCUCCAUUACCUCGUCGAUCCUGAACUAUAGGACGUUUAAAGGCCGCACGUACCACAGCGAUCGAGGCACUGCUCAGUACUGGGGAUCCAACGAUGGCCGGCAUAGCGACUCUUUAGACAUGUUCUACCAUGCAACCUCCCUCCUCUUGGACGAGAAACUGCAUCUGGCACCCGUUGAAAAUCCAAAGAAAGUGCUGGACAUUGGUACUGGGACGGGCAUCUGGGCAAUCGACUUUGCCGACGCCCACCCUGAGACCAUUGUAAUCGGUACAGAUGUCUCGCCUAUCCAGCCUACAUGGGUGCCGCCUAAUCUUAUCUUCGAGAUCGAGGACUGCACUCAGCCUUGGACCUUUACCCCCGGCAGCUUCGACUUCGUCCACAUGCAGUUCCUGGUCGGCAGCAUCCCGGACUGGUAUGCCUUGUUUCGGGAGGCGUACACCGCUUUAGAGCCUGGAGGCUACCUCGAGAGCUUCGAGUCGUCGCCUUUGACUCACUCUGACGACGGUUCUAUGCCUGCCAACUCGGCGAAUGCACAGUGGGGUCCUAUCUUCUUCCAGGGCGGCGAUAAGAUUGGCCGUACAGCCCGUGUAAUUGAGGACGACAUACAGGUGAAGGCCAUGGAGGCGGCCGGUUUCGUCGACAUACAGGUGACGAACUUCAAGUGCCCUAGCGGUAUCUGGCCCAAAGACAAGCGCCAGCGCGAAAUCGGCGAGUUGAUCAUGUACAGUGUCCUAAAUGACGUGGAAGGUUGGAUUCUAUUCAUGUCCAACACCCUCGGCUGGACACUGGAGCAGAUUAUGGUGUAUACUGCCCACCUGCGCCGCGAAUUCAAAAAGGGCGAAUACCAUUGUUACAUACGGCAACGCGUGGUAUACGGCCGUAAACCAAAGGUGUGA